GUUACAGUAAUACGCACACAACACAAAACACUUAUGUGUUGUUGCAAUAUGCAAUCUUUAGUAUUUACCAAUGGUCUUUACUAACCAGGAAGCGUCACGCCUUCAUCCUGCGUACAUGAUUCAAUCCCACUUGGCAAACGAGAACGAGAACUUGCAUGCAGGAAAAUGCAAAGAUCAAUCAAAGAGCUGAGUGUUCGUUAUGACCCGAUCAACGAAACCAAUACUUUUACUAAUGGAGACAUAGUGGAGGGGCGAGUUGUUCUGGAAGUGACCAAAGAAAUAAACGUGGAGAAUUUGUUUGUGAAGCUGACGGGCGACGCGGACGUGCGCUGGACUGAAGGCUCAGGGGAUGACGAAAGAUCCUACAGCGACCAUGAGAGAUACUUUAAACAAAAGCAAUAUUUUAUCCAGGACAGCUCGAAGAAAGGACAAUGUGAAAAGAAUACCACACUUGUAAGUGGAGAAACUUAUGGAUCAGUGAUCAAACCAGGAAGUCAUGUCUUUCCAUUCAGAUUUCAGCUGCCUCAACAAAAUAUGCCUCCGACUUUUAAAGGAUUUCAUGGUUGGGUGAAGUACAUUGUGAUGGUAAAGCUAAAAAGGUCUUGGAAGCCAACAUCAAGUGCACAAGCAGAAAUUAACUUUGCGCCCAGAAAUUUUGGGACCAAUGACCAUUUACUGCAACCACAAUCUGGUACAGAAGACAAGAAGAUGAAACUUUUUGGCUCAGGAAAAAUGUCAAUGACCGUAACAACGGACAAAACAGGCUACAUGCUAGGUGAAAUAAUAAGGGUUUCUGUUGAUAUUGACAACUCUUCAUCACGUGAUAUCAAGCUAAAGUACAGCCUUAAACAACUACAAACGUUCAUUGCUGGAAGAAGCACUACUCAUGCACACAAGGACAUAGUCAAAGAAACUAAAGACUGCAUCCCAUCUGGAGGAAAGACACGAUUUGUGGUGGACAUCAAGCUUCCGCAUGACAUUAUGGUCACCAUUGAAAACUGCAGAAUUAUAAAAGUGCAAUACGAACUCAAGGUCUAUCUGGAUGUUUCAUUUGCUUCAGAUCCGACAGUUAAAUUCCCGGUGGUCAUUAUUCCACCUUUACAGCAGUGUCCUCCCUGGCAUGAUCCACCUCCACCAUACAUGCCACCUCAGCCUAACCUAGUGCCCUAUCCUGGUGGAGCUGCUCCACCACCUGCAGGACUGUACCCUAAUCUGUAUGAUCCAGUGCCACCCUAUCCAGGAACCGCUGCUGGGACCUUUCCGAAUCCAAAUGCCAUGCUGCCUGGUUUCCAUCCGGCUCCAUCUGCUCCAGUUUAUGAUCUAAAUCAAAGCACUAAAGAAUCUUUUCCUAAUGCGCCUCAUUAGUUUCUUUCACCAGCCAAACUGACAGCCUCUUGUACUAUGCUAUAUUAAUAAUAUUGUCAGGGUUUUACCUCAAUGCACUCAAGCUUUAUGCCUGUUAUUGUGCCUUGAAAUUUGAGCACUUUUGCAUAUCAUAGGUAAUAUACAGUAGUCUUCAUUUGAAGUUAAUCGAAAUCGUUCAUUAGUGUUGUCCUUUAAACAACAACCAUUCUUGUCUUAGGACAAUUUUGAAAAAUUAAAAAGUAUCCACUUCAAAUGUUGACACUAGCCAGCCACUUUGUUAGGUAAAUAUUGCUAAUACUGGGUUAAACCCAUCUUUUGCCCUCAGAACAGCCUUAAGAUUUAGUUCUUAGAUUAAGUUCUGGAAAUGGUUAUCUUUGAUUUUGUGCUAUAUUACCACUGGUUGGAAACCUUAAGACCCGUUCACACCAGGACGCUUUUUGUUUGCAUUUUCUGUCAAAUAAAGUUUGAGUAAGUUUAAGUUUCUGACUAAAUAAAGGGCACCAAUGUGAUUGUGCACACCAACACGCUAAACGUGUUUUAAAGAAACGCAUCUUGUUCGUUUUUUUCUUUUCAUCUUCUCCACCAAUCAGAUUGCCACUUUCACUGAUUCUAAGUUUUUUGACAACAAUCAUGUCAACUCUCUGUCUUCUGCACCAUCUAUCGUCAAGGAGUGAUUUUGUAUACUCUUCUGCUCGACGCCAAUGAAAAUCGCUUGCAUUUGAAUCUGGAACAAAGUCUUGAAAAACGUUGACAAUAAUCCCAAACGAAAAGCGUCCAGUGUGUACGAGGCUUUAGAUUGCUAUUAAGGUAAAAUGGAUUUUAUUAAUAAAAUACUAUUUUGAAAUAC